GCGAACCAACACUACAGGAAGAGCGGCAGAGCAGAUUCCUGGCCAUCACAGCAGAGUCGGUAAAAACUUUAGGUGUAAUGGACCAGACCAAUGGCAGCGGCUCUAAUCCCCCUCCGUACAAUCCUCAGGACUACGCUGGGAUGAGCUAUCAGGUAGGGAAGGGGAACGUUGCAGUGGUCUCCCCUCCUGGCUCCUAUGAUAACAUGGUCCAUCCUGAGGACAUGGCAGCAGCUGGAGGCGAGCAGCAGCACGGUCAAGCUCCACCUGAAUACUGUCAUGGCUUAGAGGACAGCAGCUUCAGUGACGCUACCAUACGAAGAGGUUUUAUAAGGAAAGUCUACUUGACCUUGAUGAUUCAACUGCUGGUGACUGUCGGAAUCAUCUGUGCUUUUCUUUACUGGGACACUCUCAGGAAAUGGACAUGGGCCAGCUCCUGGUUCUGUUACACCACAAUGGCGAUGGUGAGCGUGCUCAUCGUGGCCAUGUCUUGCUGUGACAACCUCCGUCGUCAAGUCCCCCUCAAUUUCAUCGCCCUGAGCCUGUUUACUUUUGCGGAGGGCCUGAUGCUCGGAUCUGUUUCAGCGUUCUUUGAUGCAGAAGCAGUUCUGUGGGCUGUGGGGGCCACGGCGCUGGUGUCCUUCUCCUUGACUCUGUUUGCUAUGCAGUCAAAGUGGGACUUCACCGGAGCAAAUGGGAGCCUGUGGUGUUUUGCCUGGACCCUCUUGUCCUUUGCAUUGCUUUGUGGAAUCCUCCGAUCGCAGUAUCUUUACAUCUUGUAUGCCUGCCUGGGAACCUUGCUGUUUUCCUUAUACUUGGUGUUUGAUACACAGCUUAUCCUGGGUGGGAAACACAGGAAGUACCAAGUCUCUCCUGAGGAGUAUGUGUUUGCUGCACUCAACCUCUAUUUGGACAUUAUCUCCCUGUUCCUGCUCCUGCUGCAGCUCAUCGGCCUCUGCCGCUAACUCUUAACCUCUGUGACAGGCCUCCUUAAGGAAACACUGAAACUCUUCCUGCACACAAUAUCCAAUCAUAGUACAUCAUGUAUCUAGGCUUAUGUGGAAUUAUAUACGAUUCAGCUAGUGCUGUUAUAUUCAAUUAUAUUAUAAAGUGGAGCUUAAAGAUGAUUUUGGAAACCAAACUAACUCCAUUAAAGGACAGAAUCUGUCAGUCUUAGCACUCCCAUAAAACCAAGUCGGUGCUCUGUGAUUUGUUUUUUUCUCUCUCCAAAAUAUGUUUGCUUUGAAUGCAGUUUUUCAAUG